CUGCAGUCUGUCAGAGCUACGUGUAGCCAAAGCAGCCGAUGAUGUGACUGUCUUAAGUUUCAACUAAGUUGCCAAAAUUAAAAUGGAGGGAAGGAAUUGUAUAUUCACCACACAAUACAUUAUUCCUUUGAAAACGUAUGACGUAAAUUCGUCCAUUGCGUUGUUAGUAGUGUUUCAUAUACCAGAAUGGGAAAAAUCAGCUGAUUCCCUCUGACUUUUUCCCCUGUGUCUUGUGAUAACACCUUCCUGAUUUUGUUUCAGUGUGGCUUGGUCACGGAAGAGUUAAACACGGUACAUUUUGUUUCAGGCAGGAUACCAUAGACAUGUCUGGUCCGAAUGGGGAUCCUGCGGUGUCGGUGAAUGUCAGUGGCGAGGAUGACUUAAUUGAGGCUGAGUAUGCAGAGAUUGAUUCAAUGCUGGAUCAGAUUAAUUUUUGCCUGGAUGCUCUGGAAGAAAAGAGUGAUGUUUUAAAUGCCAAGUUGAGAGAGCUUUUGGAGUCCAAUCGCCAGGCUCGACUCUUAUUCCAGCAGCAGCAUCUUGAUAUGGUACCUGCUCAAGAAGAUCCAAAGGCUUCAUGAAAACAGUUUUGUAUAGUUCAUAUUAAAUCUCUGGAACAUUAAAAGGGCCUGGAUAGCUCCACAAAAGUCCAUUGUUCUUGCUGUUUACUUGAAAACUUUUUUCCAGCCAGUAAAAGAAAACUUGGGCGAUUUGUUGAACACGAAAUCUGAAUUAAAUUAUUCAUUAAACAUGUAAUAGUUAAUUUAAACAAAAUCAUAAAAGUGUAAAAAUAUCAGUGUGUCUUGCAUAGGAAAUGAAGUGAAUGUUUGGCAAAACUUAUGUAGUUUUUUAGUCUUGUGACUUUUCCAAGAACAACAUGAUGAACACAUCUAGAUCUAGUAACUAUAGCACCAUAACCAUUAAAAGCAGAAAUGUGGUGUACAGAA